UCUGAAAAUCUGAAGAGGAGUAUUGUUGGUUAGCUUUUCCAGAAGCAGAUGUUGAGAUACAGUUGAGUGUACAAAUCAUUUAUUAAGGAUUAAUGUCUCUGAAAGGAAGCAAAGGGGCAGGGGUGUGAAAAACAAGAUGGAAUAAAGGAAGAAGUUAAACUAUGAUGCAGGCACUCCCAAAAUCUCAACCAUCUUGAUUCCAAGAUGGCUGAGAGUACUAAGUUUUGGAGUAUGGCCCCUAUCAUACUGAAGAUGAGCAAAGACCCCACAAACUUCUACAUAGGGCGACCACUGUGGUUCAGCAUUACUUUUCUCUAUAUUUCGGUUGUGUAUGUAGUGCAAAACAUCUGGUUUGAUCUGGUUCAAGACUUCCAGUGCCAUGGAAACCUCUCCAAAGCCUGUCUAGCAGAAUGCUAUGAGAAUCACUUCACGAGGCCUGUGUUUGGUGUUUGGUAUGUGGUUGGCUUUGCCUUUUCCUCUGUCUUUUUUGUGAUGGAGUUUUUUGUCUCCCAAAGUGUGCAUAAGCAAACCAAGAUAUUUAAGAAGGAACAUUUAGAAAAGAAGUCCAUUAACACCAACAGCAAUGUAGACCACAUGGAGACAAACGAAGAUGAAAUUUUUGACUUAUCCCGGGAAAAGCCCCUAUUGGCAAUGUAUCUUGUCUACUUUCUCACACAGUUGUCCAUACAGGUGAUCUUCUUGGCCAUUCUUAUUCACUAUCACCUACCACUGAUUAAAAAACCCAUUUGGUGCAGUACCCACAUGUGUCAUGGACCUUAUGCAUGUGUGGUAUUGGGGACACAAGAAAAGAUGAUGUCCAUCAUACUUCUGGCUACACUCUCAGUGGUUAUCAUGAUGUUUUGUAUUAUGUUCUUCCUGUACACCAUUAACACAUACCUAGUCAUGGUACGUAAAUCUGCCUGAGAAAUAUAGAGGCUCUUUAAAAUCCUGAUGGUAGCCUGAUGAUCACCACUGAUUACAAAACAUGGAAUGAUUACAGAGGAGCCCAGUAGCAGUCUUCUGCUGAAAAAAAUAUGUAGUUUAUCAUUGAUCUCACAUUCCCAGAACAUUCUUCUCUUAGAAAAAUAAACUUGGAUGUGGGACAAGCUUG